AUCUAGGGUAAUACGAUCCCUCAGAUCCUUAAAUGAAUAGUGGGCUCGACGGCCAACACAAUGCAGGAUCGGCCCCUGAUUGGUUCGGUGCAAGACAAGAAUAAACACCGAGGGGACAGCUACUGUAUAUAUUGCGCUAAGAUGUGACACUUCCAAGAAACGAGAAACUCCCAAGAUAAUAGCUGGGCUGAGAGAGCAAACAUUAGUUUAUUAAACAAGCUACAGAUUUGAGGAUGAGGGCACAGAUCCAGAAAGUUCCUCAGAUAGUUCAGCUGCUGAAAAAGAAGUCUGUGGGGCUGCAGCACUUCAAGCCAACAUCCUCAGUGUGCGUCCUGGAGGAGAAGGAUGCUGCGGAGGCUGUGCGGUGCCCUCACAGAGCGCGCAGUCUAGACGCGAUUCCAGGACCCACCAACUGGCCCCUGCUCGGCAGUCUGGUUGAGCUCCUGAGGAGAGGAGGUCUGACAAGGCAACAUGAGGCGCUGGUUGAUUACCACAAGAAAUUCGGCAAGAUUUUUCGGAUGAAGCUGGGCUCCUUUGAGUCGGUGCACAUUGGCGCACCUUGCUUGCUGGAGGCGCUCUACAGGAAGGAGGGAAGUUACCCUCAGAGACUAGAGAUCAAACCGUGGAAAGCAUACAGAGACAUGAGAAACGAGGCCUACGGACUCCUCAUUCUGGAGGGAAAAGACUGGCAGAGAGUGAGGAGCGCUUUUCAGCAGAAACUCAUGAAACCGACAGAGGUGGUGAAGCUCGAUGGUAAAAUAAACGAGGUGCUGGUGGAUUUCGUUGACAGAGUUGGAAAAAUAAACGCAAACGGGAAGAUUGAAGACUUGUACUUUGAACUAAAUAAAUGGUCAUUUGAGACCAUUUGCCUCAUCCUCUAUGACAAAAGAUUUGGUCUGUUGCAAGAGAAAGUCAAUGAGGAAGCCAUGAACUUCAUCACAGCUGUGAAAACAAUGAUGAGCACGUUUGGCAUCAUGAUGGUCACGCCGGUGGAGCUCCACAAGAGCCUCAACACCAAAAUAUGGCAGGACCACACAGCAGCGUGGGAUCGUAUUUUUAGCACAGCUAAAGUCUACAUAGACAAGAAGUUGAAGAGGAACGCCUGCAGAGCUCCUGAUGACCCAAUCGGUGACAUCUUACAAAACAGCUGCCUCUCUAAGAAGGAGCUGUAUGCAGCCAUCACAGAGCUACAGAUCGGAGGAGUUGAGACAACCGCCAACAGUAUGCUGUGGUUUAUUUUCAACCUGUCACGUAACCCUGGCGCCCAGAGGAAGCUGCUGGAGGAGAUUAGAGAGGUGGUGCCUCCCGACCAGGAUCCGUGUGGACAGCACAUCAAGAGCAUGCCCUACCUCAAGGCCUGCCUCAAGGAGUCUAUGAGGUUAUCGCCAUCAGUUCCAUUCACCAGCAGGACCUUGGACGAAGACACCGUGUUGGGAGAUUAUGCCAUUCCCAAAGGAACAGUUUUAAUGAUAAACAGCCAUGCAAUCAGCUCCAAUGAGGAAUACUUUGAUGACGGGAAGCAGUUCAAGCCUGAGCGCUGGCUGCGGGAGAAUUACACCAUCAACCCAUUUGCCCAUGUUCCCUUUGGCAUUGGAAAGAGGAUGUGCAUUGGCCGGCGCCUGGCAGAGCUGCAGCUGCAACUGGCCAUGUGCUGGCUGGUCAGAGACUUUGAGAUUGUGGCCACAGAUAAUGAGCCUCUCGAUGUAAUACAUUCAGGACUUUUGGUUCCCAACAGAGAACUGCCGGUUGCCUUCAUCAGGAGAUGAGGUGCCAUAUUCAGCUCUUCAGGAUGCAGUGACAGAAAGAUGAUACCUCUGUUGCCAUGGCCUCAAUGGUCCAGUGACUCCCUGUAUUGCUGCUCUGUAAAUAGAACAAAAGGACAGAACAAUUAUUAUAUAUGUAAUCCUACCAUAAAUACCUCAAACCUAUUUAAAACUAUUACUAAUGACUAUUAAUGACUGACCAAAAUGCCAGUUGUUGUAAAUUGAAGGCAGCUGUCCUCAAAUCUUAAUUUAAUGUUCUCACCUCAGAUGUGUAUAUAGGUGUCAAAGUAUUAUUUUUCUGCUUUUCCUUGUUUAAUAACCUGCAUAUAAAGGUCAACAUAAAAUACAUGUUUAUUUUUCUUUAUGUAUAUAAAGUGCUAUAAUAUUAUUGUAAUAACAUACAUGGUUGUAUGUAG